GAAGCAACGCAGAAACUCACUCUCUGUAAACUCUGUAACACUGUAGCUGUCAAGAACAUAAAAGCAAGAAACAGAACCAUACGUCAUACGACCAAUCACAGGCGUUAUAUAUCGUUUCUAUCAUUUAACAUUUCUUUAUUUAUAUAGAAACAUGUCUUUUUGGCAACCAUAUUUUUAUUUUCAGAAAGCAAAUUCGCAGAAGAGAAAUAGAGAGAGGAGAGAGAGAUACAAGAGGAGCUUUAAUGGAGACAGGAAACAAAGAAGCUGUUCAGACAGAAGCAACAGACAUGAAAAACGAAGAUGUAGACAUUUGCAGGAUUUGCCAAUCACCGGAGGAGGAAUCAGACAAUCCGUUGAGGCAUCCUUGUGCAUGUCGUGGCUCUCUCAAGUACGUCCACACAGACUGUAUCUUUCUCUGGAUCAAUCGUCGUAGUAGACGCAAGUACUGCGAGAUUUGUAAACGUAGCUACUCAAUCCUUCCGGUUUAUUCCGACAACGCUCCAGAGAGACUUCCAUCUCAGGAGUUAUUAAAGAGCGUACUACUGAGAGCAUUUCGUUUCAUGGCUCUGAUCCUUCCAUGGCUCUUGGCGAUUGCUUUCCACUCACACUGCAUUCUGUUUCUUCUUGCGGACAAGGAAACUGAGUUUGAGAACAAGAUAGUUUUUGAACUGUCGUGUUUCUUUCUUGGUCUUCUUUACACAGUCGAGAUAGUGACUGAAAUCACUUUCAUUGUUGUUCUGAGGGUAAUCUAUGAAGAGACUGCAAGGACAGAACCCGAGUUGUUAAACCAUGUGCAUCUCAUAGCGAAUGGCUUAAGACAUAAGGGUGUUACCAAGAUUCUGCUUUUGUUGUGGAAGUAUAUGAGGAUUCUGUGUGAUUGGUGGCAUGAUCAGCUCUUGCACUUAUCCUUCUUCCACGACAUGUUUAUGAGAGGACCUCUGGCACUUGCGUUUGUUCCUAGAAACACACAGCUCCAUGAGUUUGGAUCCAUAAGGAGGUUUCUUUUCUUCUCCGAUGACAACACUUUUGCUGUUCUUGCCAUCAAUAUCUCUUGGUCUUUCCUAGACUAUCUGUUACCAUAUUUGAUUGGCAAAGCUGUCUUUGUGCUCCUACUCUGUCUCCCACCACACGGAUGGAUUUUAGAAAACAUAUCUGAGAUCACAGUUGGACAUAUAGUUCUACUCUCAGUUUGGUUGGCUUACCUUAAGAGCGUCUUCUUCACUCUGAUUCGGAAUCCAACCAGAACAAGAUGGUUUUCACUCUCAGUUAAAGAUGCAUUGAUCCUGUGUUUCAAAACCAUCCUUCUGCCUUGGAUGCUUGGUUGCUGGAUAGAUUUCUGCACAUUCCCUCUUACCGGAACAACACUUUCACAAAGGCUCGAGGUUGUUUCGGACUAUCCAUUCAUGGCUGUCAAACAUUGGUGUGUAGGAAUAGGGUACUUGCUAGCUGCUUUAUCUUGCAUGAAGCUUAUCCAGGAGAUUGUUCAGAAACGUGCCUUUUGGUACCUCUUAGAUGUCACAGAACCAAACUACAAAACCACCAAACUGCAUCUCCGUUCCUUACUCUUUGCGUUCGCUUUCCAUGGAGCAGUGAUAGUGAUUGUGUUUCACUUGCCUAUAAAGACAAUCACUCUCAUCAGCCACUCCUUUUUCCCUCUCAAAUUUGGAGUCUACAAGGAUGAAUUUAUGCUUGGCUUACUCGCUGCUUAUAUAUGCUGCCUCAUGCGGUUAGCCAAGUCUGUUAAACAAUCCAUCAAACCAAUAGUUCACAAGUGGGUUAUUGCUGUCAGCUCUUGCCUCAAGUUAAGUGAUUUCUUGUUUGGAGUAGUACUCCAAAGAAGAGACGUUGUGAAUCAUAAUGUGAGACUAGCGUUUGGCAUCGCUGAAGGCUGUAUGGUGAGCUUUUAUGGACCUCAGAGCGAUACCACCGAUGAAGAAGAGGAUACAAACGAGCAAAGUGAUGAAAGGUUUGUGCUGAGGAUUGGAAUGAUGCUGGUUCUAGCUGCAUUGAGUAUGUUUCUUGUUAGUACGACAGUCAUGGCUUUACCAGUUCUGGCUGGAAGGGCCUUCUUCCACUCUAUCUCUUUCUACAUGCUAAGUUUCGGACUCGAACACGAUGAUAUUUGUGCUUUCUGGAUUGGAUUGUGUAUCAUGCGAAAAAUCUAUAAGAUCACCUGCUUCGUCUAUGAUCAUGUCGUGACGAGAAGAAUCGAUUUGCUUUUCAACCAUGUACUGAAGUGCAUUCAGAAUGUCUUACUGUUCUCUAUAAGGAUCUUUGUUGUGCCUGGAUUGCUUGGUCUCCUUAUCGACCUUAUGAUCAUCAUUCCAUCACAAGUUUCUCUAGACGAAUUACCUGUGUAUAACUUUCUCCACGAUUGGUUGAUCGGUGUGUGUGUACUUCACAUAUUGAUCUUCUUGACUAUGUCCACACCAGUCACCUGCUUCGCGACGGUUGCAUGGUGUGAAAAGCUUCAAAUAAUAAGAAGCGUGGGUAUCAACCAUCUUCCUUUCACAUGGCUCAUUCAAGAUGUUAUCGGCUCAGCCAUAAACACGCUCCUAACCACUCUCUGCGUCCCUUACGUGCUGGUGAACAACUCUCUGUUCCCUGUUCUUGGAUUCUCACGUGAAACCAACUUAACCGUCCAACGGUUCGUUUGGCCGGUGUUGCUAGCCGUGAUGGUCAUAUGGUUUAGUGCCAAACUCACUCGUGACCUCAUCAUCUACAUUCACCAAGUGGAAUUUGAUAACCGAUACAAAGUGGGGGAGAGGUUGGUCGAUUUCACUGAAGAUCUCUGAGUAACAAACGACCAAUGUUGUUAACAACAUAUAUAUGUAGUUUCAAAAUGUUAUUAUGGAGUCAAUGAUUUGGAUUC